AUGUCACCACUACUCCCCCAACGCUCGUUGGACUUAUCUAAAUUUUCACGUCUGAACAAGCGCACAUGUUCACGCUUGAGCGAUGUGAUUAUUGUGCCCGAUUCACCGAACGACCACCCAGCAACUGUCCUGGUUGUGGCGAUCGAUUUACCUGCUAGUCAGGAGUUCUCAGUCAGGCAGCGUUGCACACGCUUGAAACCCACCGGGCAACUUUUUGGUUUCAGUUGCGGGGCUUUGUGGGUUUGGUAUUUUUGCUCAUAUUCACACCACUCUUGUCUGAACGGUGUAAUUGUUCCGAUAAAACAAAUAGACAAAGCCUCAAACGCUGAAGUCCUUCGAAAAACAAAUGCGUCUCAUACAAAACGGAGUUUAUUUUGUCAAGACUACUGUGAUGAACAACCGGCUCUUGCCUCCAAAAACAACCCGUCUAUACUAUUACAUGUUACACGUGCGAACGUUGUGGCCUUUUGGAAGAUACCGAAACAAAAGAUGACUGUGUCAGCUGUAAAACUACCAUGAUGCUUCAAAACGGACAUAUUGUCGCCCCGUAUAGGAGAUGUUCAGCCAACCCAUGUGAACCAAAAGCACAAGUGGUGGGCAGCGCGUUUUUCAUGUUUACGUGCUGUAACGAUGAUUUGUGCAACAACGAAGUCCCGAAGAACAGAUACAAAGAGGUGACGUUAUGAGGAAAACAAUGUCGUUGUGUUAAAUCUGUGGCUUCUGCAAUUUUGUAACAAAUAAAAUACUUGAUAAAGACCAACUUCUGAUUGGGUAGAAAUACAUUUUAGGAAUAGAACCCACGAAGGUACAUUCUGUACACGGUGUAGCCCGGGUCAUUAUAUUUUUAAAAGGAAUUAUUCUAGCAUUAGGCUGCUAGCACCAGACUCUAUUUGGUCAGACACAGUUGAACUGUUUUAAACGUUUUCGCAGCCAUGCUAUUCAGCUUGAAUUCACGACAUACUGUUUACUUCAGAGGAAAAGAAAGAAGUCUUUUUAGUAAGCCCGUGCAUCUUGAAACUCUUAUCGAUUUCUUUUGCUGAACGAUAUAUUUUGGCUCACUGCAGUGCAAAUGGAGAUAGAUCACAUAUGUAGCGUCAUUCUGAAGACUUUUAGCGUAGACAUUUC